AAUACCAUCACACUUUUUCAUGGUAAUUUAGCAUAUUCGCGCUUGCAUUUCAAGGAUGAUUUAGUCCUUGUUGCACUAAAGAAGCUCAAAAAGUAACUUCGGACUAUAUUGGUAAGAUUUUCACUGCGAAAAUAGUCAUGGCGUGGUGGCAACGCUUCCCACUUGACCAGACUGUUGAAAUAUUUCUCUCACACGUGGACAGAGAAACGGGAAAUAUUUUCGUUCAACUUAGCAAUGAAGAUAGUCCAAAACUGGAACAACUCAUGGAUGAUAUUGCUAACCAUACAGAAGAAAAUAUUGACGGUAAUACCAACCCCCAAUCUUUGAGUGUUGGAGAUGUCUGCUUAGCGAAAUAUAUCGACGGUGUUUGGUAUCGUGGUAAAAUUUUAGGCGUUCAAAAAACUGGCUUUAAAGUGUUUUUUGUUGAUUACGGUAAUACUGACAUAGUUGCCGCUUCAGAUAUAACAUCUUCCCCGGAACGCUUUCUUAGUUUACCCCCACAGGCGUUUGAAUGUGAGCUUGCUAAUGUGAAACCCGUCUGUGGCCAUUGGGGGACAGAAGUGAUGAUAAAGUUAGAAGAAUUAGUCUUAGAACAAACAUUUGCUGCACAAGCCAUAGCAUUAAAGAGUAAUAAUGUUGUUGUCCUUAACAUUUUUCAAAAUACAGAUCUAAAUAAGCUUGUUGUUGAACCCUUAAUUGCUGCAGGCUAUCUUCAAUAUACAGGUGAACUUAAUGAGAAACGUCAAACUACACCGACUUGUAAGUACAAGUACUUAGACCUUAAUAAAUUCUGCUAUGAAGAUGUUCAUGUUACAUACUGUGAAAGCCCUUGGAAAUUUUACUGCGUCCUGUUUAAAAAUUCUACGGCACUCUCAAAAUUACAAGAAGAAUUGGAAGUCGCCUAUAGUGAAACAUCUGAGAGUGUUUAUCAGUUAGACUCUUGUCAUCAAGGUAACCCAUGCUGUGUCAAGUACUCUGUAGAUGAAUCUUGGUAUCGUGCUGUUAUCACGAGUGAAGCUCUUUCUUCGUCUGGUGAAGUUACCGUUAAGUUUGUUGAUUAUGGUAACUCGGAAAGUGAGAAGAUAAAAUGUUAACAUUUCACAACUCUUGGUAGGCAAAGAAAUGGCAAUUGCUGUUAAAGAUUUAUCUAACUACAAGA